UCUUCAGCGGUUGUGGACCAGGAGUAUGGUCUUGACCCCAAGGUUGCCAAUGCAAUAAUGAAGGCAGCAGAUGAGGUGGCUGAAGGUAAAUUAAAUGACCAUUUUCCUCUUGUGAUAUGGCAGACUGGAUCAGGAACACAGACAAAUAUGAAUGUAAAUGAAGUCAUUAGUAAUAGAGCAAUUGAAAUGUUAGGAGAUGAACUUGGGAGCAAGAAACCCGUGCAUCCUAAUGAUCAUGUUAAUAAAAGCCAGAGUUCAAACGAUACUUUCCCCACUGCAAUGCACAUGGCUGCUGCAACAGAAGUCCAUGAAGUACUGCUACCAGGGCUACAGAAGCUGCAUGAUGCUCUCAAUGCAAAAUCCAAAGAGUUUGCCCAGAUCAUCAAAAUUGGUCGUACUCAUACACAGGAUGCUGUUCCACUUACUCUUGGACAGGAAUUUAGUGCUUAUGUUCAACAAGUAAACUAUGCAAUGGUAAGAAUUAAAGCUGCACUGCCAAGAAUCUAUGAGCUUGCAGCUGGAGGCACUGCGGUUGGUACUGGUUUGAAUACUAGAAUUGGCUUUGCGGAGAAAGUUGCUUCAAAGGUGGCUGCACUUACAGGCUUGCCUUUUGUUACAGCUCCAAAUAAAUUUGAGGCUCUGGCUGCUCACGAUGCCUUGGUUGAACUCAGUGGAGCCAUGAAUACUGCAGCAUGUAGUCUGAUGAAGAUAGCGAAUGACAUUCGUUUUCUGGGUUCUGGUCCUCGCUCAGGUCUGGGAGAACUGAUACUGCCUGAAAAUGAACCAGGAAGCAGUAUCAUGCCAGGAAAGGUGAACCCUACUCAGUGUGAGGCUCUGACCAUGGUUGCCGCCCAAGUCAUGGGAAAUCAUGUUGCUGUUACCAUUGGAGGCAGCAAUGGACAUUUUGAGUUGAAUGUUUUCAAGCCAAUGAUGAUUAAAAAUGUGUUACUUUCAGCAAGGCUGCUCGGUGAUGCUUCAGUUUCUUUCACAGAAAACUGUGUGGUAGGAAUCCAGGCCAACACCGAAAGAAUCAACAAGCUAAUGAAUGAGUCUUUAAUGUUGGUAACAGCACUUAAUCCUCAUAUAGGUUAUGACAAGGCUGCAAAGAUUGCUAAGACGGCACACAAAAAUGGAUCAACCUUAAAGGAAACUGCCGUUGAACUUGGCUAUCUCACUGCAGAGCAGUUUGAUGAGUGGGUGAAGCCUACAGAUAUGCUGGGUCCAAAGUAAUUUAAAUGUAUUUCAAAUAAAAGCAAUCCUAUUUGAAAUAAAA